AUGGCGUCUUUUGGAAAAAUAGAGCAGUUUAAUGGACAAGAAGCGGAAUUUGAAGAAUAUGUAGAGAGGCUGGAGCAGUAUUUUGAGGCGAAUGACCUGGGCGAAUUAACCCUGAAUGGAGAUGGUUCAAACGAGGCAGACGUUGAAGCCCGUUUAAGGAAAAGACGUGCUAUUGGCCCUGCGACAUACUCAGCCCUACGAAACAUAAUUUCUCCUAGCAAACCAGCGGAGAAAACGUAUGAAGAGUUGGUAGCGGUCUUACGAAACCGUUUUGCACCGACAAAAUCCGAGACAGUACAAAGGUACAAAUUUCAUUCACGUAUACGAAGAGAAGGAGAGAAAAUAGCCGAUUACGUAGCUGUCCUGAGGAAAACCGCCGAAACUUGCAAUUUUGGUGAUAGUCUACAUGAUAUGCUGAGAGACCGACUCGUGUGUGGAAUUAAGAACGAGAAAAUUCAAAACCGACUACUCGUGGAGUCUGACCUCACUUUCGCCAAAGCCUACAAGAUAGCCAUUGCUCAAGAAACCGCGGCUGAGGAGGCCACAGCAUUGCAAGACAGCCUCAGACCUAGCCUUUCAGUAAACAGAGUACAGAACAAGAAAGAUAAGGCCGGAGAUAAGCCCACGACCGUUUCCGAGAAAGGAAAUCAAAAGAAAUGCUUCAAGUGUGGUUCAAAGGACCACUUGGCACCGAAAUGCCAACGGCCAGCUCAUAUAACAUGCAACUAUUGUAAAAAGAAAGGCCACUUGGAGAGAGUUUGCCUCUCGAAAUAUCCAAAGGUAGCUGGAGUGCAGACAAAUCUUGUGAAUACACAAGAGAGCCCCGAAAAUUCCGACAGUGAACCAGUUGAGAAUUACAAGCCUUUGUACCACAUAGAUUCGCCACAAGAUGGAUCCCCAAUCCGUGUUGAAGUAACACUCAAUGAUAUGCCUGUUAGUUUCCAACUAGACACAGGAGCCGGGGUGUCCCUAAUGAAUUAUGACGAUUUUAAGAAGUACUUUAAUGAUGCUCACCUUAUGCCUUCCAGUUCCAAGUUACGCUCAUACACAGGUAAUCCUAUUGGAGUUUGCGGCGAAAGGUUAGUCUCAGUUAAAAUUGGAAACCAAUAUGCUAACCUGCCACUUGUCAUUGCUGAUGGUCAAGAUCCCCCACUUCUUGGAAGAAACUGGUUGUUGAAGCUGAGACUACCUUGGGAAAACAUCUUUUCGGUCCUAAACCCUGAGCCUGAGCCGCCACAAUUAUCAAAGCUGCUACAAGAACACGAAGAAUUGUUUAAACCAGGAGUUGGGUGCCUAAAGGACUUUGAAGCACAUAUCGAAUUAAAAGAGAGUGCACAACCUGUAUUUUGCAAGUCCAGAGCUUUACCUUUUGCCAUGAAAAAGAGAGUUGAGGAGGAGCUCAACAGACUGGAGAAAGAUGAAGUGAUCAGAAAGGUGCAGCACUCUGACUGGGCUGCACCAGUGGUACCAGUGGUUAAACCUUCUGGAGCUAUACGGCUCUGUGGUGACUACAAGUCCACAGUAAACAAGUCAGCUAAGAUGGAUAGAUAUCCUUUGCCUUUGGUGAAGGAGAUUUUUGCUAGCCUAGCUGGGGGACAGAAGUUUACAAAGCUGGACUUAUCUGAGGCAUACCACCAAAUAGCCUUAGAUGAUGCUACUAAGAAAUUGACAACCAUUAACACACACUGUGGCCUCUACGAGUACCUCUGCCUACCAUAUGGUAUUAAUUCUGCCGUUGGUAUUUUCCAACGUGCUAUGGAAAAUAUCAUGAAAGGACUGCCUGGAGUGACGGUCUACAUGGACGACCUGCUGGUGACUGGUAAGGAUGAUGAGGAACACCUAGUAAACCUGAAGGGUGCUUUGACGAGACUACUAGAUAAUGGUCUGAAACUUAAAGAGUCUAAGUGCAAGUACCUGUUGUCGGAAGUGGAGUACCUUGGCUAUAAAGUAUCAUCUGCUGGAAUUCAACCUACAGGAUCGAAGGUAAAGGCCAUUAAGGAGGCACCUAGGCCAACCAAUGUGAAUGAACUCAGGUCAUUUAUUGGCCUUGUGAACUACUAUGCAAGGUUCCUGCCUAACCUAGCUAGUAGCCUGGCCCCAUUGUAUGAUCUGCUGAAAAAGGAUGUGAAAUGGAGAUGGGGAAGUAACCAUGAAUCUACUUUCAGAAGGAUAAAGGAGGAGAUGUCUGAACAUGCAUUGUUAGCUCACUAUGAUCAAAAUGCUGAACUUUUGCUAGCCUGUGACGCGUCGUCAACAGGGGUGGGCGCAGUCCUUCAACAAAGAACACCAGAUGGAGACCUAAAACCCGUUGUUUUUGCCUCUAGGAGCCUCACGCCCACUGAAAGAAACUACGCACAAAUAGAGCGGGAAGCCCUGGAUCAUCAACCACUGGUCAAAUUGUUUGGUGAACACAGUGGAAUUCCACAACUUGCUGCAGCUAGAAUAAAGAGAUGGGCCAUUAUUUUGUCCGCUUACAGUUACCAAGUUAAGUACAUCGCAUCCAAAGAGAAUGUUUGUGCUGACUACCUCUCUAGAUCUCCUAUCCAGGAGACACCCACUGAGCAUGAAAUGGAGCAUGAGGAGGUACUGUCAAUAGACAUUAAUGCACUGAGUGGAAUACCACUUAGAAUUGUUGCCAUAGAAACAAGCAGUGACUCAUGCCUCUCCAAAGUACUGCAGCUGACCAAAGAAGGAUGGCCUAACUGCUGUCCAAAUGAGGAAUUGAGACCUUUCUUCACAAAGAAGGAUAAAUUCUCCGUCGAGCAAGGAUGCUUGUUGUGGUCUAACAGAAUGAUCAUACCCCCUGUACUCAGACCUAACCUACUACUUGACCUUCAUGAGGAACACAUGGGAACAGUUAGGAUGAAAGCCCUGGCCAGGCAGCAUUUCUGGUGGCCAAAGCUAGACACCGCUAUUGAAGCGAUUACAAAACAAUGCCCCUGCUGUCAAGAAAAUGCUCCCAAACCCACCAGCCCUCCUGUAGCUGCAUGGAACUGGCCGUCAGGUCCUUGGAAGAGGUUACACCUGGACUUCGCUGGCCCGUUUAUGGGUCGCAUGUUCCUAAUAGUUGUAGACUCCUACUCCAAGUGGUUGGAGGUUUUACCUAUGGGUUCCACUACAGCUCAAGCUACCCUACUACAGCUACGUAAGUUGUUCGCCACGUUUGGAAUUCCAGAACACAUUGUCACGGACAAUGGGCCACAAUUCACUUGCGGCGAGUUUCAAGAGUUCAUGCUGAGAAACAACAUAAAACAUACUCUUACACCACCAGGACACCCUGCGUCAAACGGAAUGGCCGAAAGGUAUGUUCAGCAUUUCAAGUCUCACAUGAAGAAGAUGAAAGACAAUGGAAGUACUCUAGAAGAAAAUCUUGCUCGGUUUCUCCUAUCUUACCGCACAACUCCUCACUCUGCUACUGGCGACACACCUAGCCACCUGCUCAUGAAACGUCAGCUGCGAACACGGUUCUCUAACCUGAGACCUGGGCUUGUCAGUGACAAGGAACAGUCUGUGUUUGAGAAAAAUUGUAAGUGCGAACCAAGAUUCAAGGUUGGAGAUGCUGUUUUCGUGCUGAAUCUUCGUAGUGGACCACGCUGGUUACCAGGUACUGUGAUUGAUGUGCUGCAGCGCUCAUACUACAUCCAAGUGGAUGAACACGUCUACAAGCGGCAUGAAGACCAGUUGAGGCCCAGGAUGCUUGACAUGAAGGUUAGGCCAGAAGCUGACAGAAACUUAGAACCCCUGCUACAAACUCCAGUGCCUCUAGAAACAGCCGCAACCCCAGUAAUGGGUAAAACACUAAAGACCUCAGCUCGAGCUCCAUUUCAACCAGCCGAGUCUCCUCAUAAAGAAAAGGAACCUAGCAUGAGUGAAGUGCCCAAGAUGGAGGAAGAACAACCUCCCGGACUAAGAAGAAACCCAGAGAGACAGAGAAGGCCUCCACUUCGUUAUAGGGAAUGA